AUGGCCACUCAGGGGAAGCUGGGGAAAAAGGAACUCAAAAGGCAGCCUCUAGCUAAGACCUCGCUCGCCUCACCCUUCACCCCAACAUGGAGCCCACUCCCCCAGGUAGACAUGCACUUCAUCCUGCAAACCCUGAAGGACAAACUGAUCUCCGUGGGCCUUGAGAAGAAAGAGGUGAAAAUCUUUCGCCAAUGGGGGAAGAAGAAGAAGAAGGAGCAGAAACCUGCUGCUCCCCGAUCAGAAUCAGCCGCCCAGGUGCAGGAUUCUCCCAAAAACGGCUGGACAGAUGUGGCGGCCAGACGACAGCUGGCCAUUGGUAUCAACGAGGUCACCAAGGCUCUGGAGAGGAAUGAGCUCAGAUUGGUGUUGGUGUGUAAGUCCGUCAAACCCAAUCACAUGACAAGUCACUUGAUCACCCUGAGUGCUACGCGAGGAGUGCCGGCGUGCCAGGUGCCCCGUCUGAGCCAGAGCAUGUCCGAGCCGCUGGGGCUGAAAAGUGUCCUGGCUCUGGGAUUCAGACGCUGUGCCUCCCGUGACGAGGAGGUCUUCAAUGACACUGUUGAUGUCAUUAAAACCAGAGUACCUUUACUGAACGUUGCAUGGCUACCGGGUGGUGCAGCUCCACUGGGUGGUGCACCCACUGUGACACUGGACAACCCUGCAGACAUGGAGGAUGUGACAGAAGCUGGAGAAAAGGGAGGCCAGAAAAGAAAACUGGAGAGUGACUCUGAGGAGGUGAAAGAGUCUCCCUCCUCCUGCACUCUGCAGCCGCUCAUAGUAAAGAGAAUAGUUGCUAAUCCUGCAAAGAAAAAGAAAAAGAAGUAGACUUUCAAACUAAAGAGAAAUCUGGCUGGAUAUUUGAAGGACCAUUCCUGUGUUUUUUCAGGUUUGAGCCCAGAGGCUCCCAACGUUUUUGACUCGUGACAACUAUCCUGGUGACGUCUGGUCACAGGUUAGGGAUGUGGGACAGAUUUAUUUUUCCUUUUAAGAUCAUUUAAUUUGGGGAACUUUUAGAGGCUUUGAGAGGUGAAAAUAGCCAAUGUUUUAUUAUGUUAUCAUGUUGUGAUUGUUUUCUAACAUUUCAGCCAUUCAGCAUUUAGUUGAUAAACACUCAGUAAAUCAGCUCAACAAGACUUGAAACUUGCUUUGUCAUAGAUCGUCCAUCGCAGCUUCUCCACUGUGAGAAUUUGAUGCUUAUCUUUGUCACAUUUGAAAGUUAACAUCUUUUAGAUUUUGGGUAAAUGGUUGAACAAAACAAUCCAUUUGAAAAUUUCAUCAUAGGCUCGCCACAUUUUCUAUAGACAAAAUUAUUAAGAAAAUAAAAAGUCAAAUUAAUUGAAAGGUGUUUUGUCAGUUAUAUGAUGGCAUGAUCAGUUACCAGUGUAUCAUUACUGAAAAAUGUGAAUUAAGUUGAGUAAAACUGUUUUUUUGCUGCACUGACAUGAAUGGAGACCUGUAGCAGGAUAGACUGACAGUAGGAAAAAACUCUUCUACAUUAUGGUUUGGAGGAUGACCUGCAGUUUAUAUCAAUCAGUAACUUAGUUAAAAUAUUUAAGGACCAUAUUAUGAUGAUCCUUUAAAUUGAUUUUUGGUCAAAAUGUGAUUUAUUGGCCUGAAACAGACACAGCAUUGAACAUUUAAAUUCACGUUUGUAAUUUUUUAAUUGAAACAACUCACAACAGUGUGUGGAUGUUUGGCUUUUUGAUCAUUGUGACAAAACCGAAGAAAGCCCGUCUCAUCCUCACCAGUUUUAUGGUCAGAGUUUGGAAUGAACACGCCAUAACAAACCACAGACGUGCACCACUCAUGUAGCUUUUUCAGUGUGUUUAUUCAAUCAAACAUCCAUGCUGGUAUAGCCGACGCGUGUUGGAACAGAUUGUUAUUUGCAUGGGGUCAUGUCUUUUAUGAUGCUGGUACAUGUUCUUCAGCUUUAUCACAGCUUACAAUGGAUCUGAAUAAAAAUAUUGUUCUUCAGUUAGAGAAAGCUGUAUGUCGGUUCAAAAGUACAUACCCACCCCAUCCCAAAAUCUUAAAAUAAAAAAGAAACAGAAAUAAUAUCUUUAAAUAAGGCAGGUACUUCAGGUUGAGUUCUCACUAAAGGGUGUAGCUAAGUAACAUCAACUCUAAAAUCAACACGGCAGCAAAACUGACAUGCUCAAAGUUCAUUCAAACAGCUGCAGGCAACACAUCUGUGACAACCGACAUCCAUGAGGCACACUGUCGACUCAGCAACUGAUGUCAGUGUUUGAGUAAUCCUGGUAACUUCCGUCUGUGUGAAUGUAACUCGUUCAACCUUUCAAUGGUAAAAAGAAAAAUCUUUGAACACUAUUCAUCAGUUGUUCUUUUCUUGCUAAUUCAUAAAGGGAUGAGAAGAAAACUACAUCACAUAGAGAAAAAUCAAUGACAAAGAUUGCAGCAGCCUUUACCUCUUCAGUUACGCAGAGCCACAGGAACAUCGAACAAAAGGGACAAAGAAAAGACCGUUUGAAAA